CAGCGAUAGCGAUGGAUCGAAACGGAAAUUCCACAGGAAGUCGCAAACGCUUCCGCGAAUUUUGCAUCAUCACGUGCGCGAUAAAUCUGAUAAUUGAGAAAAGGUGACCCAGAUGACAUCGAUACUCCAAGCGUUCCUUCCCAGAAUUGUUCUAGACCUCGCGUCUUCUUUCAAAAUGUGGAACGAUAUCCUUCGGAAACGGAGUUUCCGAGGUCGCCAUGGCGACCUUAAUUUACGUUGCGGGGCGCUUACGUUGUAGCUGUAGCCGUAGGAGCCGAAGAGCUAUCUUUCGCGUGUUACUAUUAUAUGAUAUUCGCGAUGGACGGCUGUUUUGGUCCGAGGGAUUUGGAGGCGCUUCAAAAUUUAAUCUGCCCACCGAAGGACGACUCCGACGUCGAGGAUGAUUUACCGCAGGCGGGCGCGAGAAAGUUGGGUCCGGGUGACAUCGGUGCUCCGAGCGACCCUUCCCAGGACCGUUCUCAGGGACCUCACGCCCCCCUUCAGGGCGCGGGUGACGAUAUCUGGCAUCCUUCGGAAGCGAUCGACAUCCAGAGCGCGCAGGAUUACGAUCCUAGAAAGGCGCCCGAAUACGAGAUGAAGUUUAAGCAGGCGGUGACGGCGGAAGACAUUUAUCUGGGAAUGGGCUUUAAAACGCCGAGCACGGCGUCCUGCGAGUGGCUGUCGGUGCUGGUGAAAUUGCCCCAGGAAACGCGGGAAAAAGUGGAGCUCUCCGUGGAAUCCGAGGCGAUCGACGUGCGCAGCCCAAGAUAUCGGCUGCACCUACCGACCCCGCAUCCGGUGGAUCCCAACGCGUCCUCCGCCAAGUGGCACAACGACACCUCCACCCUGGAGGUCACCCUAAAGCUCACGCGCGAGCUGGAUAACGUAAACUUUUAACUCCGAAUCGAUACUCGUGCCGCCUCCCUGGAUCACCCAACACUGGAUCUACCGAGAUCAACUCGAGGUAACCCGUUUCAGUGCGAUUUUAUUGUUUUCGAUAUACCGCCCGAUUGGGUGUCUUUAUUUCUCAGAACAGAUCGUGACGAUAGAUUUUUAUCUUAAGCUUAAAAUGGAUCAUCAUUUCUUGAAUAAAUUAUAUUAGUGGAUGAUUUUUUUCCUGCAUUCUU